UUCUUCCCCGUACCUUCCGAACACAUUUCGGUAAUGCAAAAACCAGUUGUCCAGUCGCCGCGCAAGAACGCACAUCAUCUGCAGCACACUUGUAUUGCAGAAUCCAUCAGGAACCCAACAGAGAGAGCGAGAGAGAGAGAGCGAGCGAGAGAGAGGGAUGUCGAAGAGCUUGUUUCGCUAUGCCUACGAGAGAGCAGCUGGGUUAUUAGAGCUGGGCAAGAAGGGCGCCCAGCCGACGUCCCAGAAGUUCCCAGUUCUUGAAGGCCACCCAGCAGGGCGGCGACAUGCAGAGCAAGCGAUGGAGGCGUUCGAGAUGGUCGGGAAGGGGAGGGGAGAGACGUUGAAGGAGUUUCAGGUCUUCAGGUGGAGCCCCGACCGCCCUCACCACAAACCCUACCUUCAGUCUUACUUCCUUGACUUGACCAACUGUGGUCCUAUGGUGUUGGAUGCACUCCAGAAGAUAAAAGCCGAGUACGACUCGACGCUGAGCUAUAGGAGGUCAUGUAGGGAAGGGAUAUGUGGAUCGUGCGCCAUGAACAUCGAUGGGACCAACACCGUGGCUUGUCUUAAGCCCAUCGACGCAGACACUUUCAAGCCCACUACCAGCACUCCCCUCCCGCACACUUUUGUCAUCAAGGACCUCGUUGUCGACAUCACCAACUUCUAUCAGCAGUACAAGUCAAUUGAGCCAUGGCUUAAGACAAGACAUCAGCCUGAAGAUGGUCGGGAAUACCGGCAAACUCCGGCGGAAAGAAAGAGAUGGGAAUACCGGCAAACUCUGGCGGAAAGAAAGAGAUUGGACGGGCUUUAUGAAUGCAUAUUAUGUACGUGCAGUAGCAGUUCAUGCUCGUCCUAUUGGUGGAAUCCAGAAGAGUUCUUGGGACCAGCCCCGCUUCUCCACGCUUAUAGAUGGAUAUGUGAUAGUGGUGACGAAUUUGCUGACGAGCGACUCUAGGCACUAACGGAGGACCAAAAGAGGUUGUACAUAUGCAGGACGAAAAGGAAUUGCACCAAGACCUGUCCGAAAAGCCUUGACCCUGCCGGUGCUAUUCACAAGAUGAAGACCUGGCAUUUACUUUCGGUGCCGGUUGAGAAGGCCGAGAGUCGCUGA